CAGACACACACAAACAUACGCACACACACGUCCUGACAGGCGCACCCGAUCCUACACCGCAGCUCUCCCACCACCCUGGAGCGAGAGCUGUAGCUGUACCCGGGACCAUGGUGCAGCUGGGGUCUAGCCUGGCAGAGAAGGGAGACAAUGAUCAGGGAGUGGAUGAGGACACGGUACCAUUGAUAGCUCCUUUGGAUGUCAACCAAUUGGAACAACCCUUUCCUGAUAAGUUGAUUGUGAAAACAAGGACCGAAUAUCAGCUACAGCAGAAGAAGAAACGGAAGAUUAAUGUCCCUGGAAUUAAACGUCUGAACAUCAAUCUGUAUGAUGAAGUGUCUGAGAAAGUCAAGCUGACUGGUCUGAUCCUCAUUACCAUGGUGUUCCUGGCUUGUCUCCUCAUGCUAGUGAUGUACAAGGCUCUGUGGUAUGAGCAGCUUAGUUGUCCUGAGGGAUUCAUCUUUAAGCACAAGCACUGCUCCCCAACAGACUUGGAGAUGUAUUACUCCCAACAAGAAACAGGACCCCGUGGAACACUCUAUACGGCUAUUACCCAGGCCAAGAAGACCCUCCCAGAGCUACCCUCUCCAUGGCUGCCUGUCAUAAAUGCCCUAAAGGAAGCUGAGAAGGCUAAAAGGGAACUAGGGGCAUCACAGCAGUGAAUCUGGGGAGAAAAUACAGCACGGGAGCUGCUUUACGUUUUGGGGUGGGGGUGGGGGGUUUCCAAUCAUUUCUCAAUAUUUUGCCUGAAAUAUCCAUGUGUGAGAAGCACCAUUCCCAUUUAGUAAAGGUUUAUUGGCAUUACAAUAAAAAUCACUCGCCCAUUUAA